UCUAUCAAUUAUCCUAAGAUCUAAAUUAAAAGUGAUUAUUCUAAAACUAGCAUUAGUUUCAGUUCAGAUGAAGAACAAAAAGAUUACCCUACGAAUUUUAUUCAAUCUAACAAUUCAUCUUUAACCUUUGAAAAACUCUAAAUCUACCAAGCAGAUUAUUCAGUAAUUAAAUAAAUUGCAUUAAGAAAUCAAAAGAGUUAAUAAAUGAGUUCGAGAUAUUCUCUCUACAAAGUGAGUUUCAGAUUUGUCUCUCCUAAAAUAUCAAGCAAUUUCUCUCCAAAGUCCGAAUACUAUUACAAUAACUUUACAAACCUAAAAUAUAGUCUAAAACACUAAAAUGACUUGUUUGCAAAUAAGUGGAAAUUUUGGAUCAGUCUUCAAUUCUUGAAACUUUUUAAAAACUCGUAGAGGAGUGUGGCUGUGAUCGGUGUCGACGACACUAAUUGGUGAAGUCGAUUGACACCAAGUCUAAAAAUUCAAUCCGACUUGUUCUUUUCAGCUACAAUGCUCCUUGGAUUUUAAAGUGCUUGAAAAACUUUAAUUUUUUUCAAAACGUACAUGAAUGUACAAUAACUCAAAAUACUCGAAAAUCACCAAAAAUUUCAAAAACUGGAUUUAUCUCAUGGUCAAAAGUCCAGAAAACCCAUGAUAUAUCAGUUGGUUAAUUGAAAUCUUAAGUUGAGAUACAAAUACAAAUAACUAUUGAUCUCUUAAAUUUAUUCAUUUCUAGAAGAAUCAAUUUCGUGUGUAAGUAUUUUUUACUUUAUUGUCGUUUUGUAGAUUUCAAAGUUAAAAGUUCCAAUUUUUUGUAAUAAAGGUGGUUUCUUUCUUUUUUGGGUUUCUUGUAACUUGGUGCUGGAGAAAACAGACGACUUUCCCAGCAAAUAAAACACUUGGAUUAUGCAAUAACUUAAAAGUCCAUUAACUUGUUAUUUUGUAUCAAGUAUAGACUCUCACAAGAUUGUCUUCCGAGAGACUGAGACACACUAACAAGAACAAAAUUAGAAACCAGGACCUCAAACACUCAAUGAUUCUAAUGGUCCUUUGCAAGAAAAAAUAUAUUAAACACUAGUUCAGGUUGGACAGUGUAUAGGACUACAAAAACAGACAUAGAAAUGGUCAAGUGAUAUGCAAAUUGGAUUUCUUAUAACAGUUAACAAGUCUCCUACCGAAGUACUUGAAGUAAAACAACACUUUUUUCUUCAUAUUCAUUAUAAACUAGCGAACAGAAAUUUAAGAACACAUACAUUAUACAGUAAAUACUCAUUAAAUUAAUAUUCGAUAAAUUAACAUAAUAAUUAAUACAUUUCAUCAGUUCUGAAUUGGACUGGUUCAAAAUAUAAUACAAAUCAAUAAAAUAAUAUAAUAAUAUUUCUUUAAAUUUUUUUUACAUAUAUAUGAUCCCGUUAAAAUCAUAAAUUAUUAAUUUAUAUAUAUGCAGUUCAUGUAAGUAGAAACUAAAUUUCUUUUUUGGUUCACAAAGGAGUCUAAUUCUAUUUUGCGUAAUGUGUUAAAAUAUUUCGAUGAUAUUUAAUAAAAUUAUAUCUGAAACUCAUCUAACUCUUAUUAUACAUAUUUCAUAUGUAUACUAAGUUAUAUAAUAAAAUAAUAUGAAAGUCAAAUUUAAAACAGUAAAUUAACUAUUUUCUAUUUUACAAUAUAUAUAUAUAUAUAUUUUAAAUAUAUAAAAAUAUAAAUGAAAACUUUUGUAAAUUAAUAACUCUAUAAAUUAAAAAAAAAUACUAUAUAGUCCUAACAUUAUUAUUUUAUAGAGUUUUUAAUGUACAUAAUUCACCAACACAUACAAUAGACCCUUUUUUUUGUUUUUUUGAUCAACUCACAUACAAUAUACAUAAAAUCGAAAUAAAUUAAAAGCUUGACUUGUGAGCUCAGAGACUACACAUUACAUUAAUAUAUGUAGAACUAGAGGGAUGGAGUUCUACCACCACUGCACCACAUGUCCACGGGUUUAGAUGUAGAACUAGGGGGAUGGAGUUCUACCACCACCACCAGGUCGACUUGUUGAUGGUCCUGUAUCUAUCCCUGUACUCAUCAACCUUCUCCCUACAAUAUCAUAUAUAUAUUUAACUAUAUAAAUGAAAGGUAUGUGAAUAAUUCAGUUUCAAGCAACGAUAAAAGGCAGAAAAUUACUAUAGACGAACUAUGUUAAUGAAACCAGAUUAAAAAAAAAAAUGAAACAUUCGAGGGGAAAAUAUAUAAGAAGAGAUAGAUUAUAUUAUAGAUUUGUGUCAAAUUAUGACCACCACUUUGUACGUGUUGUGGUGGUGGUACAUCUCGUGGCCUAGGUAGACGGCCAAAAUAUUUUAAUUACAGAAUACAAAAAAAAAACAUUAUUAUAAUUUCUUAUUUAGCUAAACUUUUUUUUUUUGAGAAAAAAAAGAGAGCUAAAUUUCCAUUUCGACCUAUCCCACUUAACUUUUUGAGACAUAUUCAACAUCUCAUCCAUAGACAAAUUUCAUGAACUCAAAUGGCAGGUACGCAACUUAUAUGUGUUAUGGUUUAUGCAUGGUCGGAACUGGGCACAACUUAGUACAAGGAUCCAAAAUAUUUUAGAAGAUAAAAUCCAAAUUACAAAAUAUUUUAUUUAUUAAAGUUCUUCAAAAUUAUUUUCCCAUGAUAUCUCAGAUCCAGCUUGGAUUUAUGCAUGUUAAUUAUUUGUAUUGAAACACUAACCGAUGACUGAAAGUGGUUGUUGAUGAGACGGUAUAGCAGAUUCAGCAAGGCAAGGUAUGACGCAAAGAAGCAGAAGCACAAUGAAGGCUUGCCUUAGCUGUGAAGAACCCAUGUCUCUUAUCUCUUCCUUCACCGAUAGAAGGCUUUACAUAUAACGAUGGAUCGGACAGGCGAAAAGUGUAAGAAAUACAAUCAAAACUAGAGAAAAGGAUAAACCACAAUGAAAAAGGUGUAAACCGUUCUUCUCCAUUCAAUUCAAUUAUUGCUCCUCUUGAUAUCUCUCAGUGACAUUUUUUUUCUUUUGUCGCCACCAAUGGUAUGUCUAGUAUUUAUUUAACCAACCAAAUUGGCUUUAAAUUAUUAAGAUACGUGGAGACAUCUCAUGGUGUAAGAUCUAUAAUUUAGUUACAUUAUUUUAAGAAAUUUUGGCUUUUGGGUUCUUAGUUAGGAUAAAAUUCAUUCUAAAAGUAAUAUUGAUGACUUACUUAGUUUAACAUGAUUAUGGUAAAACUAGGGAUCUGCACGGAUCGAUACUACCAUAAUUUUUAGUAUUUAUGAUUUUUUCGUAUUUAAAGGAUAUAUAAUUUUAUGAUUUGCUUUGGUUGAAAAUACGAAUAUCUGGUUUUUCAGAUAUCUAAAAAAUUUACAGAUAUUUGCAACAUUUACGGAUAUUUCAUCCAUUUUGUUAGUACAAGCAAAAUCUAGAAAAACAUAUAUUAAAUUAUUUUCAAAAUUAUAUUUUACAUAAUUUAAAACAAAAGUAAAGAUUAGUGAAAUUACAUGUUCCAUAAACUCUUAAAAUUAUUUAAUUUUUUUAUGAAACAUUGAAAUUUAGAAAAUUGUAAUUUUAUAAAGAUUUAUAUUCAUUUCUUAAUUUAAUACUUUAAUAAGUAAUUUUAUAUAUAAAAUUAUCUGUUAAAAUAAAAAUUAUAUAAAUUAUACAGUUAAAAUUAUAUAUUUAAUUAAAUGAUAUAUAUAUCUAUUAUAUAAAAUUCGGUUCAGAGCAGAUAUCUGAGUCUAAAAUUUUAAGUAUUUGUAGUUUGCUUCAUUUUUAAUGGGUCGAAUCGAAACAGAAUAAUGGAUCGGAUCAAAAUUAACAAAUAAAAUGCCAACCCUAAGAAAGCCUGAUUCAUUUUCAGAUAAACUUGUUGAACUUCAAUUAUUGCCACUAUAAUAAACCCUUCUUGAAAAAUAUAUUAAUCAUAGUUAUCAUUAAGCUUCUUGAGACAUGAGACAUUCUGAAAAUGUCAGACAUCAUAACCUGUUUCACGUUCUAAGAAUUAUUCAUUCUUCUUCUAGACUGGUUCUUGUGGUCUAAUAAUCCUACGGUCCUACCACUCAUAGUAAAGCCUAUUAGGCCUUAAUCCGGUGAUGGGACAGGCCCGUAAAAUGUCAAAUCUUUCUAUCUAACUUUCAUCUACCCCAGAUCCAGCGAAGCCUCUCAUUUGGUGCGUCUCUCUUUCUUAUCAUUGUUUCUUGGAGUCUACGCGAAGACUGAGCUAAACCCACAUUUGCUGGCUUGUUUCCUUGCUUAGUUAACUGAAAUCUAAAGAUGAGAUAAAUAUCAAAAGAAACGUUUGAUCCCUAUGUUUCCACGACAUUUAUUCAUUUCCAGAAGAAGGCAUUUCGUGUAUAGUUAAACCCACAUUUGCUGGCUUCUUUUAUAGUAUUUUCGUUUUGUAGUUAAAGAUGGUUGAGCUGACUAUAACAAAUAUUUGGCUUUAAAUACAUAAAUGCAACAAAGAAAAAGACAACUUCAUUUGACUAUUAAGACAAAAUUUCAGAUGAUCAAACUGCACAAAAUAAGAAGAAACUGUCUUUAGCCAUAAGAUAAAGAUGCCUGAGCUGACUAUAACAAAUAAAACAAGACAUAGAUUUUGCUUUAAGAUAAUGAUUAACAAUGUUAACACUUCUUGUACACUUUAAGACCAAAUCUUGAUGCUAUGGUUUAUCUAAAGAACACUUGAUCUGGUGGGUUUGGUAAGACAUUUGGUUUAUCUACCAAAAAUUGUUAUAAAAUCCAUAAUAGGAGAGUUGUUGAAGCAUUUAGUAAGUAACAGACAAUGGCUGAAACAAAGAGACUUGAGAGACUUAAAGCAAUGAGAAGUUUAUUAAAGAGUGAGAUGGAAAAAACAAAAACCUCUUCAUUGGUUCUUGAAAAGACAGGAUCUAAGCUUGAAGAGAUCAACACCAAGUUGCUGUCUUUAGAAGCUGAUGUUAAGGUAGAGAGAUGGAGAUCUUCUCCUUUCUCUGAUCAUAUCCGUUACACCAUUGCUCCAAUAUCAGCUGCUCUGAGAGUCUUUGCUACGGUUCAAGAACUCGAGAGAGAUCUCAUGUCAUGUAAUGAAGUUCUUGGUUAUGUUUCUUAUGUUAAACGUCUUGGAGAAGCAUUGAAGCUUCUUUCAAGCAGCUGUGUUCUCGCUCUUAACUGGCUUGAAGACACACUCAAGUUCCUGUCUGAAAAUGGAAUGCCUGAAGAUCAUCCUUGCGGAUUACGGUUCAGGACUUCUAUAGAGCUUCUGAGGGAACUUCAAAUGACCGAGGCUCGUGCUUAUCGAAGAGGAGGGAGUCUCCACACAGCGUUGGAGAAUCUCGAAACAGAACUUGAGAUGAUUCUUGAAGAGGAGGAGGUUUUGUCUGAAUAUAACUUGAGAGACAUGAAGGCAAUCAUCAAGAGAUUAGAUGCUCACACAGUGUUAACAAACUGUGUGCAUGUUUACAUCAAGAACCGCACAAGAGUCAUUCAGAAACGGUUUGAGAUUGAUUAUCUAGAGAGAACAAUCACAGAAGCUGAUAUUGAAGGCUAUAUAUAUCAAUGGAGAGUGGAUGUAGAGAUAGCUGUGAAAGAGGUCUAUGAGUUUGAGAGCAACCUCUGCAAUGAAGUGUUCAAAGAUGUUGGAGAAGAACAUGAUGUUCCAUUGCAUUGUUUUGGAGCAAUAGCUUCAAACUCAGGAAUCCUCCAGCUACUCAGGUUUGGAUCAAGAAUCAGAAAAUGCAAGAAAGGUCCACCAAAGCUGCUAAAACUCUUGGAAUGUUUCUCUACAAUGGACAACGUUAGAACCGAGUUUAACCGGCUAUUCAGAGGGGAGGAGUGUUCAGAGAUACGUAGAGAAACAAGGGAGCUUAUUAGAAAUCUAGUUAAAGGUGUCUGCGAGAUCUUUUGGGAGUUACCUUGUCAAGUGGAGCUUCAAAGACCAAACUGUCCUCUUCUUGAUGGUGGUGUCCCCAAGCUUGUGAGUGUUGUGACUGAGUACUGCAACAAGCUGCUUGGAGACAAGAACAAGCCUGUCUUGUCCAAGAUUCUUGAGAUUGAUUUGGGAUGGAAGAAUGAAAAGUAUCAAGAAGAGAUACUCAUAGGUCACAUGUACAACAUACUGAGAGAGAUUGCUUUGAACUUGGAUGCAUGGUCAAGCUCCAACAAAGAAACUGCUCUUUCUUACAUCUUUAUGAUGAACAACCACUCUCACUUCUACGGUCUGAGAGAGACUCCUCUCGGGUUAAUGAUGGGAGAUUCUUGGCUAAACGCACAUGAGCAGUAUAGAGACUACUACGCAGCACUGUAUGUUAAAGAAAGCUGGGGAAAGCUCUUGUCUCUACUCAACAACAAAGCUCAAACCGUUAAGAGAACAUUACAAGCCUUUGCUAAAGGGUUCGAUGAGAUUUACAGAAAGCAAUCACAUUGGGUUGUUGAGGAUGAGAAGGUGAGAUGGAAGAUAUGUGAAGCCAUGGUAAAAACUGUUGUGCCUAGAUACAAGAGUUACUUACAAAGUUACAUAAUACUUCUUGCUGAAGAAGAUGCUCAUAAGAGUCAUGGUAAGGACUUGAACUAUUACACUCCAAAGGGUUUAGAGAUGAAGAUGAAGGCAAUGUUUAAGAGCAAAGAGGGAGCAGAGUUUUCUCACUUUGAUGGAAAUAGGGAUUAGUCAGAAUCAUCACUUGAGAUUAGAAGAAGCUGUAUGAUACUUAGACACAGAAACUAUACUUGUUCUAGGCGAAAACAGAUUAGCCUUAGACUUACUUGAAGAAGUGUGUAGUAUAUUUGUAUAUGUGACAUAGAGAAGGUGCACUCUUGGCUGUUUGUACUUUUGUAGAUGAUGCAAAUAAAAAUUGAAUCCCAAGAGAUUAAGUG